UCAUUUUUCACAUGACCGAUGGUUAGUCGUCAUCGCCCAUUUUUCUUUUUAUGACAGUUUAUGGACUAAAAUUUAACUUUUAGUCCUCGUACGUCCAGUUAGUGUUAUCUUAAAAAUGGCUUUUUGCCGUAUAGUGUUCCCUUUGCUAGUUUUAAGUGUUGUAAGCGCCACAACAGUGCCCGUCUACCUAUGGGGAAAUCCUCUGGAGAGUUCAUCUAAAUCGAAUCCCCUAGCUGUGACUACAGCGCAGGAAUUCAGAGGUAUUUUGAAAAAUGAACUGGUAGAUGAUCCUUUCCUCCUGGUAUUUAUCGAAGAGUCGCUGUCCCCCGAAGAUUUUUCACGCAAAAAUGAGACAAAAGCUCUCCGUGUGAGGUUGUCUGAAAAUGGGCUGACGGCAGACAUUGAAGAUGAGAACAACAAAGUGGUGUUCAUCGUCCUCAGCGACGCUAAGGACGGCGAGUCACGAUACGACACGCUGCGCCGCCACAACGACUUCAUGGAAGAACAGUUCUCUAAGUUCGAAGGAAAUAAUGUCAUCGGUCUGUACACCGCCAGGAAACCCUCGUGGAUCAUUCCAGAGUCGCACUUCCGCGUGCGUCGCCAGGCUCCCGCCGUCAACGUGAGCACUCCAGACUACUUUAUGGAUGGGCUCCGUUUGUAUGCUAAGAAAUCACUGUCUCACGGAAACACAACCAAUGUGCUCAGCGGCUUCUCAUCCGGCCCCAGUGCAUUCAAUGGCACUACCAUGAACACCACAAUGCACUUUGAGCAAGCCAGCCUCACUCUGAACUUCCAACAGGCUGGCGGAUACUGGUUCUUUGAUUCGGUAGAUUUGGAGCAGAGUCCAUCGGUCUCGGAGCAUUUGUUACCCACAUCGGAUGUGCACGCCCUGAUCGACUUCUCGUACCGCUGCAAGCAGUUUAUCAGCUUCUCUAGCGUCAACGAGUCCACAGUGUACACAGUCUCAUUUGAAGACAUGAAAAUCCAACCAUUCUUCGCGUCUUCAAACGAGAGCCAACCAUUCGGCGACUCGUUCAACUGCGUCGGGUUCUUCUCUGCGCCCAUCUGGGCUGGCUUGUUCGUCGUGUUCAUCCUGCUGGCCAUCAUGUUCUACGGCGUGAUGAUGAUGAUGGACAUCAGGACCAUGGACCGCUUCGACGAUCCCAAGGGCAAGACGAUCACGAUCAACGCCGCCGAGUAAUAGGCAGGCGUGACACGGCGCGGUUGGGGACUUCACGGAUAUUAUAAGCACGAUCACUCGCAACAGUCGCUCACUGUAGUUAGGCACUGGGCAACACAAGCGACAAGCGGUUAACUAGAAUGUUGGUUAGUUUUGGAUAUGCGGAUGAUAUGUUUGUUAUUGGCUGUGCGUAGACGGUUAACAUUUCGUCGAACCGCUCUUAAAAAACUGCCACACAAUUUAGAUAAUGUUCUAACUUGAAAUGUACUAGAAACAUCUUUGGAUCCCUUUUCUCAAUCAUGCGUCGUGUUAUGUGAAUAUAUGGUGCAGUAGCGACCAGUAACUAACUUAAGAGCUCAAAAAAUUCCAAAAUAUAUUGAAAAGUCGUUAUUUCUAUAUAGUAUUACUGAGACCUAGAUGUAUGGUUGAACGCAUUGCGACGUCCAGUGCUACUAAUGUGGGAUAUGCCCUUCAUACCUGGCCAAGGAAACAUAAUGGCACACUGUUUCGCAAGCUACUGCCCAAUGCUUACGAAAUUGAAUGAUAGUUUGUGCAGACAAUCUAUCUUCAAAAACAGUGUUAUACGAAACCACAUGGAAGUUGUAGCACAGGACGCCACAUUUCGUAUAUGGUGCCUCAUAAAUGCAAUAGACAAUAUUAUGAUACAAAUUAAUAAAAACACGCCCUACGAAUUCAUUUCAUGAAUGUUUCAACAUUCCGCAUCAUGUGAAAUGAACUUCGUACAAAAAGCUAUUUUUGAUUUUAACACAAUGGAAAAUAUUUAGAUAGGAUGCUUUUAUUAUAUACGAGAUAAAAAUAAUAUUGCUAUUCCUAUAUAUUUAUUUAACUAGAUUAGUAUUCUUUACCGGUUAUGUGCCUAAGGUCUUGAAGAUGCGGGGACAGUGAAUUCGACCCCCACUUUGAAAUUGAGCGAAACUUUGAUCCUUCCAAACGAAAUUUACAUGUCCCCGCAUCGUAACUUGUUUAGAGAAAAUAAUAAUUGUUAAUAAAUUCGAGAUAUUAAACAAAAUAUAUAAAAUUAGAUUUAUCACUUGUCUUCAGAACACGUGUACUAAGGAGUCGUUUACAAUGAAGGUGGGAAACCCAGCGUUGAAGAAGUGGUGUUGCAGAACGUCAUUAGUACGCAUGUUCAGUAAGACACGCUUGUAUUAGUACUUUAUGGCCUUACUGAAGCACACGAAAGUCUGAAUUUCAGUUUCACAACGAUUCCAUACGGAGCUUGGUUAUUGCGUAGUAUAAAAUGUAAUGUUUAACAAAAUAAAAUGAGUGCCCUCCAUAUAGUGCCAAUUCAAUGUGUAGAUUACGAUUCGAAUAAUAUUUAUGGAAAUAUGGAAUAUAAGAGAAUUAAAUUUGUCACACAAUUGAAUAUUCUUCCUUUCUAUUUGACCCUUUGAAGUCGUGCCGAUGAAUCACUUACUUAGACUGAAGUUCAUAUUUUUUUUUGUUUAUAUAACGGUAAAUAUUACCGAAGAAUCAUUUUCUGAUGUGGAAUACGAACGUUAACUUAUGAAUGCUGUUGAUUGUAUCCCUCCAAAACUUUACAUUUCAUUAAUUCCUAAAGGGUCAAAUCUGAGUAGUUCAGUAGGAUAUCCGGCGGUUGAGAUGCGCGUGCGCACGUCGCCUUAGAUUUAAGUGUAACAGUUCCGUUUUUUUCUUGUAAAUACGAUUGCUUUCGAUCCCAUGUAUAUUUUGUUGAUGUUUUGAUGAGUAUUAAAUAUGUGAGAUAUUUA